UUCCAUAAACCAGCCAAAACAAUAUUCUACCAUGCCUUCGUGCUGAAAUUGGUUUCUGGCCGCAGAUUUGCAAAGCAGCCGUUGCUUCUCCCGAGCCACAAUCCUUUCCAGCGAUCGAGAUUCAAGCAUCCGUCUGGCGAUGUGUGAGCCUCUAUUUCUCCGUUUUCAAAUUGAUUGGUUACGGCCUCAACAGUUGGUGUGGAGUCGAGAGAAGGGGCAUGGCUUCUGCUUCUCUCUUUUCCGCCUCUCUUUGCUCCUCUUCGCUUUCUCAUCUCGGACUCCGUCGCGGAGGAAACAGGAGUUUGUCGCUUCCCCGGAGAAGAAUAAUGGAGGUUGUCUGCGGCAGUGACGGAAUUGGAGAGAAGAGCAAGGGCACGGCUGGGGAGGAUGAGGAUAAGCCCUCUUUCAAUCCGUUCGGAUUCGUGACAGACAACCCGUCGAGCCGUAGUGCCAUCCAGUUGCCAGAAUCUCCUGCUGAGGAUGGAAACGUCGGCCAGAUGCUUUAUAGAAUAGAAGACAAGGGGAAAGAAUAUGGAUCUUACGUCAAAUCUGGAAAAUUUCGAUGGUUUGUUAGAGAAACUGGAUCGUCCAACACCCGUGGAACAAUCUUAUUUAUCCAUGGGGCUCCAACUCAAUCAUUUAGCUAUCGAGAAGUAAUGUCUCAGAUGGCUGAUGCUGGUUACCAUUGCUUUGCCCCUGAUUGGAUAGGAUUUGGUUUCAGUGAUAAACCUCAACCAGGCUAUGGAUUUUCGUAUACAGAAAAUGAAUUCCACAAGGUACUUGAUGAGCUUCUUGGCACACUCAAUAUACGCUCACCUUUCUUCUUGGUUGUUCAGGGAUUCCUUGUUGGUUCAUAUGGAUUGACUUGGGCUUUGAAUAACUCGAGCAAGAUUUCCAAGCUUGUGAUUCUUAAUAGUCCAUUGACCAAUUCAUCUCCUUUACCUGGAUUGUUUCAGAAAUUAAGGAUCCCUCUUUAUGGUGAAUUUACAUGUCAGAAUGCAAUUAUAGCUGAGCGAUUCAUUGAAGCUGGUAGCCCAUAUGUCUUGAAGUCAGAAAAGGCUGAUGUGUAUCGAUUGCCGUAUCUUUCAAGUGGUGGACCUGGAUUUGCAUUGUUAGAAGCAGCAAAGAAAGCAAACUUUGCAGAUGUAUUAAGUCGGAUAGUUACUGGAUUUUCAUUCAAUAGUUGGGACAAGCCUGUUUUGGUUGCAUGGGGAGUGGCAGACAAGCAUCUCAAAUUUUCAGAAGCAGAAGAAUUUCAAAAGGGAAAUCCUGAUGCUGUAGAGAUAAUGAAAAUUGAAGGAGCUGGUCAUAUGCCACAGGAGGACUGGCCGGAGAAAACUGUCAAUGCUCUAAAAGCUUUUUUGUGAGGCUGCCGCAGAGAAGAUGAUUUGACUUGAUGCUGAUAACAUCCUCCUCAUCCAAUACUUAAGUUUGUAUAUUAUUCCUCAUUUUCUUAUUUUAUUAUAGUGAUAAUGAGCAUAUUUUGUAUCUAAGCUUUUAAAGUUGUAGCAAAUCAUUUUGCUGCCAAUGUUCUGAAAAGAUUCCUCGAUUUUGUGA